CGGCUCACUGCAAGCAUGGCCGGUGACAGUGAAACACACCUCAGGGACCGCGGCGAGAACACCGACGUUAUCCGACAGCCUUUCCUCAUCGGUGUCUCCGGGGGCACCGCGAGCGGCAAGUCGUCUGUAUGUGAGAAGAUUAUGGAGCUGCUGGGCCAGAACAAGAUCGACCACCACCAGCGGCAGGUGGUGAUCCUCAGCCAGGACAGCUUCUACAAGGUGCUAACUGCAGAGCAGAAGGUCAAAGCACUAAAGGGCCAGUUCAACUUUGAUCACCCAGAUGCCUUUGACAAUGAGCUGAUAAAACAAACACUCAAGCAAAUCCUGCAGGGGGAGACAGUCCAGAUCCAAGUUUACGACUUUGUCAAUCAUUCCAGGAAAGAGGAGUUUAUUACGGUGUAUCCGGCUGACGUGGUCCUGUUUGAGGGCAUCCUCAUGUUCUACUCGAAGGAAAUCAGAGAUCUGUUCCAGAUGAAGCUGUUUGUUGACACGGAUCCAGACACACGACUCUCUCGCCGAGUUCUUCGAGACAUCAGUGAGCGUGGGAGGGAGCUGGAGCAAGUGCUUGCGCAGUACAUCACUUUUGUGAAACCAGCUUUCGAGGAGUUCUGUUUACCAACAAAGAAGUAUGCAGAUGUGAUUAUUCCACGAGGAGCAGAUAACCUUGUGGCCAUCAACUUGAUAGUCCAGCACAUCCAAGACAUUCUGAACGGCGGACUGAGCAAGCGCCACAACGGCUGCACCAACGGCCACAUUACUCCACGUCAGCGGCGGACCUCCGAGUCCAGCAGCCGGCCUCAUUGACCUCGCCACACCUCUUCACAAGCCGGGGGGGUGCGCUGUAAAUAAUGCCUUUUGGCAUUCCUGUAUUUAAGAGAUGCAAAAAUAAUUGAAAUGCCUUUUAUGACUCUUAUUGGGUACUUUCAUUGUAAUUAGUGAAGUUAGGAUUGGGAUCAUUUGUUUUGUCAGCAGGUUGAAGGAGAAGCUCUUAUUAUUGUGAUGGCACAUGGGUUAAAUUCACCCCAUGUAUUUUCCUCCCAAAUUGCAUUUUGUUUUUUGUGUAUCCCCUGCUGCUCCAUGGUAAAUUGUGCCGCUAAUGAAUAAAAGAGGGAACCCUUUUUCUUUAUUGCAAUGUCUGAUAAAACUUGAACUCCUAAUAGCAGGGGAGGCUGGUUGGUCCCAGACGAGAAGGAUGAGACUUAGAACGUGACCAGGAUUGCACUCUGUAUUUGUACCAACAAUCUUGGGAGUGUGUUCCAACCCUUUACAUUUUUUGUUUUGGUAUUUACUUCCCGUGGGAUGUCUCACGAGAGGUCUGUUUUCUACAAAGUAUCCACCACUCUGACGAUGUCGGUCGGAGCAGCGGCGCACUACAAGGUUUUCCAGUACUGACUGUUGGGUGCAGAAUAAUGUGACUGCCAGAUCAAUAAAGCCAAAGGCUGCGAGGGUCUGCUGACUACUGUAUUAACCAGUCCAGUGGGAACUGUUACACUGAUCUAAUGAUUUACAAUGCUGGUCACUGUCCCAUUUAAAACUAAUUUAUACAAACACUUUAUUUAACUAAGAUGGUUAUUUAUUUUGUGAUAUGACUUAAAUAUUCCUAGUUGUGGAUGGUUGGAUGAGCGAUCAUGAGAGAAUCUGCCCUGUUGUCAUGCUCAGGUUGGCAAAAACAUGAAUUGAAAUGCCAGAAAAGGUGUUCAAUGCCACAGCAAUAUUAAUUUCCCAGGUGUGGCCAUUAACCUCCGAGACCCACCACAAUGCCUCUGCAAAGUUGCCUCAGGUUAACGUGUACAGUAAGUUUCCGCGCUAAAAAACAGUUUUCAUUCUUUAAAUUAAGGGUAUAAUAAACUGUUGAAUCCUUUUUGUAUUCCACUUGCUGUAUUUAUUGUGUACAUUGAAUGACUGAUUUGUACCGGGAGAUUUGUACUGUAGGCUGUGGAAUGAUUUGAGGCAAUGAAGCAAUUGCUUAAUGGUUAAUAAACUGAUGCAGCCGAGUG